CGGUCUCUACAUAGCACGCGAUGCCAGGGCGCGACGGUCGUGCUGGACCCGCAGCUCGCAGCAUCAGAAAGGCGGCGCCGGCGCUGGCCGUGCUCGUCUGCGUCUUGCCCGCCGCUGUGCUCGCCCUCACCACUCCGCGUCCCUCCAUCAAUUCGUACGCCGGCCCGUUCAACAUCAUGUUCAGAGAGGCGAGUCCGUGCCCUGAAGGCACCGUCACCCCGGGCGCCUUGGUGGUCAACCUGACGGGCAGUAUCCAGCAUGUACGGUCCGUCAAGUACCCAGUGUACAACGGCCAGCUACUCUUGACGAGGGACGUCGUCGAGGGCGAGUUCGGGGUCAAAGUUAACAUCGCCAAGUGGGACAACGUCGCCGGCUGGAAAGAGAACUUUUUCCGUAUGGACGGCAACGGCGGCGAGUACUGCAAGGUGGUGGCCACCAUCGCGAAGGAUGCCGCAUCCGAGAUUUCCCGCAACAAUCCUAAGUACCCCAAGAACUGCCCUUUUCCUAAAGGUACGUACCAUUUCCGUAAUCUCAGCACUGAACUUGUACAACGCUACGAACACUUUCCAGUCUUCCCCUACGGCCGGUUCAGAGGAGACAUUCUUUUCUAUGAGAUGAAAUCCAAGAAAAAAAUAGUCGGAUGUUUCAGUGGUGUGAGCGAUAUUGUUCCGAAAAUAAAGAAAAGUUGAUAUAAUAAAGUUUCCCAUCAA